AUGGCACCUAAAAAAAAGAGAACACGUAUGAAUUCUUCGAGAAUUGAUGCAGAAUGCUUAAAACAGUUGAACCUACUACAUGUCUGCGGAUAUUGUUCGAAACUAGUGGGACACGAUGAGAAGAGCCAUAUUGAGCAUGCAAGUAGUCAUGAAAACGAAAUCAAACAAUGCCGAACUUGCUGCAUUCCAUUAAAACCGGAUGAAAUUCCGAUUCAUCUCAAAACAAUUCAUCCUGGCAAAAACAAUCAAAUCAGAUUUUCCAUGGAUAAAACGAUUAUCGAGCUUCGAAUUGCCGCUGGAAAAGAAUUCUCGAAUUUCUGGGGAAUUUGUUUGCCGGCGACUGAUUCCACUCUUGGAAAAUUCGGCGCAACCACCGCGAGAUGGUGGAAUAACUUCAAAAACGGGCGGUCCCUCGGCGUAUUUCGACUACUAAAAUCGAAAUUUCAUUGGAAAUGUCCGAUUUGCGAGACGAAACCAACGAUGGUAUUCGGAGAUUCGAUCACAAUGAGAGCAUACGCGAUAUCCCAUCUGGAACAGUCCCAUUUCCACCAAAUCAUCGAAAAUCUUCCCGGAUUUUUCGAAUUCGAAUGGUUUCAUUUGAAAGAAGAGGCGGAUUUCGAUGUGAGGGGGUUGAUGGAUUUAGCAGAACAACGAGUGAAACAACAGAAUCGAAGUUAUCGAACGUUCUAUACUUUGAAUUUGACGAAAAUGCAAAAUGGACAGAAAUUUACGGAAGAAUUGAAAAGGAGGAAUGGAAUUGAGAAAGAUGUGAGAUUCUGUCUCCAUUGUUGCUCAAUUCUGCCUCUGGAAUCAAUUAAAGACCAUUUUCGAACGAUCAGUCAUUCUUCAUUGAAAGCCGUUCCCGAAAGCACGUCCUUCAUCCAAGUGACCCACACCUCUCCUGAAAAUCCAUUCGAAUCUGAAUCACAACCGGAGAUACCAGAACUACCAGAGAAAGAGGAAGAGUCAUUCGAGUUCCCGAGAGAACUCUUCUUGUAUUCGACAGUUUAUAAGAAUCUCCGUUGGGACGAGUUCAAAUGGCGUUGUUGCCUGUGUCCACAUACCCAUGCACUCACUUUCAUCACACAAAUCAUAAUGAGAAUGCACGCAUUGAGACAUAUCGAGCAGCAUCACAAAUUCCUGUUCACCGAGGAGUUUCUGACAUUCGAAUGGCUGUCUCUUCAGCAGGAAAUGCGCGCUUCAUUCGAUAUUCGUCAUUAUAUACCACUACAGUAUACCAUUAAAGGAGAGGACACUUUUAAUGGAAGAGAUCCGAACGACUACAUGCUUCCUCAACAAUACUAUUUCCUUCCAAAGGAAUACGCGACGAACACAGUGAUCUGUGGGUUCUGUUAUCGAUCUUUCAACCGAAUCGACUUUUUCCUUCAUAUUGUGAUUCAUGGAUUCAUCGUGGAUCGAAGCGUAUCCUGCGAACUCCGACCCGUCACUCUCGACAUAAAAGUUCGCGAAUUAAUGGGACAGAACAACUAUUCGGAUGCGGAACUCGACGAUGAGCCCCUUACGAUUCUGUCGGUUGAUGGAAAACGAUUGAAAGCGAAGAUGGAUUUGAUGAAUAAACGGAAAAGUAAUAAUAUGUCAAGAUUAUCUGAUAUUACGACACCGUUUAAGAGUGAGAUAGAUACAGAUGGAGAGAUGUCGACGCCUCGCAGUCGAAAAUCGGCGAUGGAUGCGCGACGUCUUCUGACUGAAACCUUCAAAGUGCUUCAAGCAAACGCUCGAAAUCGGAGAGACACGUGGAAUGCCACGUCUUCUUCCUCUUCCUCAGAUGACGAUGACAAUUCAGAAGACGAACGAUUCGAGAAGAAACUGGAAAUGGAAUCGACAACGAAACUGGAGAGAUACGAAAGAUCGAAAAGUAGAGAACCGUCCGCUCAGUCAGAGAAGAAAAAGGUGGAUGUAUCCAGUAUGAGACCGGCUGAAAUUCGAGAAUGGAUUAGGAGAGAAGCGAGGAGAAGAGGAGUCGAUUGGAAGGAGGAUUCAGAUGAAUCCACGUCUUCUGAUGACACAGAUUCUGGAGAGAAGACGUCGACGAUGGGGAAGAAAUGGGCGAAUAUGAAGUUGCAGGAUAUUAAAGAGAAAAUCCGUCAAGCGGCCAAACGAAGGAACGUGACACUAUCAAGCGGCUCAUCGAGUAGUGACAGUGAUGAUAGUUAA